CAUUGUUGAAAUAUCGGGGAUGACUCCCAUCGGCCGACUCUUUUUUGCUCUUCUCUUUUCCUCCUUUUUCCAUCGAAUUGAGAUCACACAGUCACUCCGGCUUCCCAAUCACAGGUGCCCCUGACGGACAUUCCCCCUUCGUCCUUCGACACUCAACAAGUGUCCAAGCAAGCCGUGUCAACCACCUUGGUGGACCAACCACGAGGCAGUCGUCGCAGCAGUCGAGGAGCAUCCCCCGUCGUCGUCAAGCAACACGGAGAUCAUCCUACUGCCCUGCCGGUACCCCACCAAUCUCAAGUUACCACACCCACGACAAGCAAGCAAACCUAUCGGUAUCGCUUAGCCAACAACAACCUUGUUUCAGCCGCAGCAUUCGAACUUCCCAGAAGCUCCGGCACAUAUUCUCACUAUAGAACCAUCACCAAGAGAUAGCCAAUUGAUCUGGCCCACCCAGGCGCAGUCACGAGACUUUGCUUAUCUCAACUUCGACACUUUGUCUCCAACAAUUUAUCCCCGAGACCCCUGAGAUUCUGGCUCAAAUGGCUGGCAUAUCUCCAACCAAUUCGGCCAACGCCUUCAUGGAGGGCUUCUCGGUCUGCCAGGCCAACCUCGGCGAGGCCCUCACCUGGCUCCCUGCCAUGGGCACUCCUGAGCUCGAUGACAUGAUCAACGCCUUCAUCCCGGGUCCUGCAUCCAUCAAGGACAAGCGUGCCCACAUCUCCAUGGACUUCCUCAGCUACUCGCAGCGCACCGGGUUCAACUUCAAGUUCUACCCCGUCCCCUCGACCUCCUUUACCCCCGCCAGCAUCGCUUCUUCAGCCAGCUCUUCGCAGUUUGUUGAUUCUGGCUACGCAUCUAGCUUCAACGUCUCCCCGGUCAUUUCCGACUCGAGCGCAUGGACCCAGUCUCCGGCCUCUUUCACUUCCCCAGCCGCCUUCGACGACGCUACCAGGAUAGCAAAGGCCCGCUCUUCGACCUCCACUACCAAGAAGUCGACUUCUCCUAGUAGUCGACAUCAGGUCGUCGACUUUGCCAACCAUCCCGGCAUGCGGAUCAUGACCAAGGAUGGCCGGGAUGUUACCAACUCUGCCUCCCGGGGAUGCAAGACCAAGGAGCAGAGGGACCAUGCUCACCUCAUGCGCAUCAUCAAGGCCUGUGAUGCAUGCCGGAAGAGGAAGGUCCGUUGUGAUCCCAGCCACAAGAAGCGGGCUGCCUCGCACACAUCUCCCGCUGCGACCGAGUCGAAGCCCACCAAGAAGCAAAGGAAAGAGACAGCAGAAGCACCGCCGCCUGCUCCAGUUGUUGUUGAGACCACCCCCGAGUUGCUCGACGUCAACCACUUGGAGAACUUCGAUGCUGCCACAUUCGUCAUGCCCUCUGUUGAAGGAAUCGAGACGGUCGAUGAUAACUUUUGGAACCGGUACUUCAACUUCGACCAGGAUGUCUUUCCCGACUUUACUCCUGGCACCUUCGAUCAGUUCACUCCUUCCCAGGAGCUCUUCUACCAGAGCACCAGCUCCUCAUCCGCCGCCUCUCCGUCGCAGGUAUUCACUCCAGAGACCCCGGUACACAGUCGCCCUUCACCGGCAAUUGCCAACGAACCAGUGGUUGCGACGGCCGCUCCGGCUCUGCCCUACCUAAACCCGGGCGUUCCGCAUGGCACCGAGUUUGUUGACUUCAAUCUCUACUCACCACCUGCCGACUUCUCUCUCGACGAGGAGCUCCUCGGCCUUGGCCAGCAACAGUCCCAUGCACCUUUCGACUUUGGAUACGCCGAUCAGCAAUACUUUGGCGAUGCCAGCGUCGUUGCCCACAGGGCUGAGUCACGAUCCAGUCCAUCUUCACCAUCCGUAUCCGGAGUGAUACCAAGUCACCAACGACUGCCACUUGAGGUAUACGGCGGACUCCCCGGAAGCGAAGACCUACCGACCUUGAGCAACGUAUCGCCAGCUGUACAAGCCCCCGGUCAACUGGCCGUGCAGCAACAACAAGAACAACAGCGCUAUCGCCAACUUGCAUCAGGUAAUGAGAGCAGGGUAAUCCCACAAAGUUCUGUGCAGCAAUCUGUAACAAUUGGCUCAGGAAUGCUGCAUAGUCCAGCUUCUCCUGCCUCCAACGUUGCAAGCAGCUCGUUGACGGCGCUGAAUGUUCGACAUGCACCUCAUAACAUCGACAGAUCUGUGAUGAACGUCGGCCGAACGGAUCUACACCGGCGUUCACCGAUUGCCUUGCAGUUUGUGAAUGCUGGUGAAUCGGUGAACGCCGGUGCUGCCACCCAACACGCAUCGUCUGUUGAACAACAAUCUCGCGCCGCGACGGUGGAGACGUCUGCAAGGUUGAAGUCACCAGUUAAAUACAACAGCUCUGUCCAUCAAGGACAGAAGCAAGGAUUUGCUGGUCUGCCGGUAAACCUCUCGACAACAUCCCGAGAUGUCAGCAGUGGCAUUUGCCACAGUUCUGCCUCCAACUCGACCCGCCUGGGGACAACAACGACGGCCACAACAACGACAGCCUCGUCACAGUCUUCCACCACCACCACCAUCUUGCCAGGCCGACGAGAAAGCGGCGACGGAGAAGGAUUCGCAAAGAUUGGAGCAAAGCUUUCGAGCUACACUACCUCCGCAUCAUCUUCCUCUCAAUCCUCCUCCUUCCCGCUAGUCGUGCUUGGUCUCGUCUCUUGUCUCGUGGUAGCUGCUUUGCGGACAUGCUGCAGCCACAUCAACGACAACUGGGGCGGUCAUUUCGACCCCCUUAACACUCUGUUCAUUGCGAGCUUGUCCUUAUUCUCACUUUGGCUACAAUCAUCAUUCCGAUGGUCAGUCGAUCCCGACACCCACACCACAAGUCAUGCCUCCGUCCAAGGACUCUUCGGCUCCUCAGUUUCCCGACAAGCCAAAGCGCUUGUUGCGAGCAAUUCGCCCUUUGUCCGGAUGGUGUCUAGAUCACGAUCAAUCAUGAUCUAAAUCACCCCGGCUAAGGCUGGAGUUGGAGAAAAAGACUGGUGUGAUCCCAUCUGAUUUGAUUGUUGACAAUUGUCGAGUUCCUUUCAUGGCAUGCAAAGCAUAUGAUUCAGUUUGUUUUUCAGUUGUUUAGCGGUGUGCAGCGUUUGCGAAUUUACCACGAUACCCCAGAAAGUCCUUUUUUUUUUCUGAGCUUGAGACAUGUUGUCGUUCUCUUUUCUUUCUUUCGUUGACAGAGAGAGAGAACGAUGAUGCUUUUUCAUGACGGCUUGCGAAGCGAGUUGACUUGGAUUGAUGAUGUUGGACUGGUGAUGAGACAGCAACCGAGAGAGGGCGGGAUGAGAGGGGAAAAGGACUUGCUAGGUAGAGAUAGUUCGGGCUCUAUUUUCAUGGGUUUAUGUCGCAGAGGUAUUGGGCAGUGGCAGUGUUGGCUCUUACUCUCCUCGAUCUGGGGUGACUUGCUCAGUCAUCGGUCGAUUCAUCAAUACACAAGUCGGUCUCCUUUGGAGGCCGUCGUAAAUUAUACUAUGCUGUUCCCUUCGUAUGGUGAAGUGUGGAAUAUGGUUUUGAUUAACUUCACAUGGUUGUAGGUGUUUGGAUCUGUUGUCUUGUUUGUGACAUCGAACUUGCUGUGGCUUGUCCACAACAAAAUAACUGCGACAGUGCCGUAAACACCAAGAUGGAUUCACGUAUUCGCCUUUCUUUUUCUUCCUUUCGACUGUCCUUAUAGUCAUCCAAUGUCCUCAAAAGGUGUUCACACACCUACUAACUCGUGGGUGUCUUGUUUUUUGGCCGUUGACAUCGUGCUCUGGAGUCUACGUUUAUGUGUUUGUCCCGACUUUGUUUGGCCAGCUGGUAGUCGACGAUAAGCUGAUAAGGAUUGGGUUUCAAUGAAAUUGUUAGUGCAAAGCGCCGCACAGACAUGCAAUUAUGCAAAACAUUACACCAGACGAAAGUGGAGCCAGUUCGCCCUUCCAUUCAAGGUCUAGCCCAACAAAAGUCUGCAGCACAUGCAAAGUCGCAAAGAAGGUACAACAUGGAUAACGGCAACACAAGUUUGAUGUUGGCCCCGUCGUGGCCACUUUCCG